AUGUCCUCAGUUCCACCGGAACAAGUCAAUAGUCAAUAUAAAGACAUGAGUUCCAUGUUCAACCAGCAAAACCCCGCCGCCUCCGCAAGCUCCUCGAAACCAGCCGGAGAUGACUCGAAACCCCCAUUGCCCAAGGGCGUAGUCCUGGACAAGGACGGAAAGCCCUGCCGCACCUGCACCUCCGUCGCCUCAUGGCGAGCAUUGACCAAGCAAGCCGACCUCAAAGGUGCAAACUCAAACUCUACCUCAACACCCACCUCGAGCAUAAGCAAAACGACAACCCCAACGGCCGGCCUCGCCGCAGCCGCAACCCCCUCCCCCAGCGAAAUACCCUCAGACUGCCCGCCAGACGUUGAAGAGCUAGGCCGCUCAACGUGGACACUACUGCACUCCAUGGCAGCCACAUAUCCCGAAAAGGCAGACGUGGAACACCAGGCUAAUAUGAGCGGGUUCUUGAAGUUCUUCUCAAAGCUGUACCCGUGCUGGGUGUGCGCGGAUGAUUUCCGGGCAUGGAUGGCGCAUCCGAGUGGACGGAACCAGCCGAAACUGGGGAGCCGGAAGGAGUUUGGGUGGUGGAUGUGCGAGGCGCAUAAUGAGGUUAAUCGGAAGCUGGGGAAGAAGGAGUUUGAUUGUCGGUUGUGGGAGGAGAGGUGGCGGACUGGGUGGAAGGAUGGUCGGUGUGAUUGA